GUGUUAUUUUUUAUCAGCUCUGCUGAAUAGACCAGUAAACACCGAUCUGCUAUCUAAACCGCUGGGGUUUGGAUGUUCACUCGUAUUGAAACGGGCAGGUGGGAGUUGGAAGUUAGAGCGAGUGCAGAGGAGCGUCAGUCAGUAUACGGAGAACAGCCAACCUAAAUUAAGGUUACAAUUAUCCUUCUAGACCCCGGAGGGAUGUGUCGUAGACAGGAGGAAUUAAUGAAGAAACAAAGCGAUUAAAAACAUUCGGGUCUUGUCUCAAGACAGGCUCGUCGUCUUUCUGUGAACGAUGUUAGAGGACAUUGUGCAGAAGUGAGGAACUGCGAACCUAAAUGGACAAAGACUUGGAGAGCUUUGAAAUCGCUGCCAUGCAGAUAAUGUGAAGGGAGCGGGUCAGCGGGCUUUUGGAAGUGUGACGUAACGUCUAAAUGUGACUAAAUGCAUCUCCAAGGAAACCUGAGCCCAACAUAUAUACCAUCCUGAAAAUAUCUGGUUAUGAGAACUGGCACUACAAAAGUCCCUUGGAAGGAGGUAAGAUGUUCAUGGAUCUGUGUGGCCAGCGGGGCGCAUGGUCAGUCCUGCUGUUGUGGUGCCUAAACCUAUCAGCUGCUGACCUCACCUGCCCGCAGAAAUGCGCUUGUUACCGUGACACGUUGGAGGUCAACUGCUCCUCAAGACACCUGACGGGUGUGCCUGAGGUGUUACUCAGCAAUGCCAAACGUUUAGACCUUUCAAGAAACCAACUGAAAACGCUGGCUAGGCGUCAGUUCUCUGGCCUGUCAAAGCUUGAGGACCUGGACCUGAGUGAGAACAUCAUCUCCAUGAUUGAGGUGGAAACAUUUCAGGGGCUGAAGAACCUGCGAUACUUGAGGAUAAAGAACAACCGCCUGAAGAUCCUCCCGGUCGGGGUCUUCUCCGGCCUCGCCAACCUUCAACGUCUGGACGUCAGUGAGAAUGAGAUCCUGGUUUUCCUGGAUUACACAUUCCAGGACAUGACUAACUUACAGCAGCUCGAUGCAGGAGAAAACGACCUGGUGUUUAUCUCGCAACGGGCUUUUGUUGGGCUGCAGGCGCUGAAGGAGCUGAACGUGGACCGCAGCAAUCUGACCUCCAUCCCCACUGAGGCUCUGUCGCAACUUCAGAGCUUGACCAAGCUGCGCCUGCGCAAGCUGACCAUAAGCGCGUUGCCCAACAAUGCCUUUCGCCGACUGCACCAGCUGCGCACAUUGCAGAUCCUCCACUGGCCUUCUCUAGAGACGUUAAAUAGCAACAGCUUGGUUGGUCUCAACCUUACCACUUUAGUUUUAAGCAACUGUAACCUUAGCUCUGUACCUUACGCUCCACUCCGCCAUCUCGCUUACCUGCGGUACCUCGACCUGUCCUACAACCCCAUCACCUCCAUCCAAGGCCACUUGCUGGGGGAGCUUCUGCGGCUGCAAGAGUUGCACCUGGUAGGUGGGAGCCUGUUACGUAUUGAGCCAGCUGCCUUCAGGGGUCUGGUCCACUUUCGUCUGCUCAACGUGUCCUCGAAUCGUCUGACGACAUUGGAAGAAAGUGUCUUCCACUCGGUAGGGAACUUGCAGACACUGCGGCUGGACAGGAACCCUUUGGCUUGUGACUGCAGGCUACUCUGGGUUGUGCGACGACGUCGAAGACUGGAUUUCGAUGGCCGCCAACCCAGCUGUUCGGCUCAGAAUCAGCACAAGAAGGCAUUUCGUGACUUUUCGGAGGCUGAUCUUCCGGUUAUAUUUACGUGCAGACAAGCACAGAUUGUGACCCGCCAGCUGCAGGAUGCGAGUGUGGUGGAAGGCAUGAGCAUACGGUUUGACUGCAGAGCCGAGGGCUAUCCGUCGCCUUCUAUUUCCUGGAUGUCAGCCCAGCAGACUGCACUUAGCUCUGUCGGGAGAAUACGAGUGCUUGCUAAUGGGAGUUUAGAAGUGCGUUAUGCCCAAGUACAAGACAGUGGAACGUAUCUGUGCACUGCAGCUAAUGCAGCGGGGAACGACAGCAUCUCCAUGAGUCUGCAAGUUGAGGGGCUCCCACAAAACCGCACCGCAUCGUAUUUCUCAGACGAGGGAUGGAUGGAAACUUCAUUGCCUCCUUCUACCAACUCCUCCACACGGGUGUCAAAUCCUUACCCGUUUGAUGCUAAAACCCUCAUCAUUGCUACGACCAUGGGAUUUCUUUCUUUCCUCAGCUCUGUGGCGAUCUGUUUCGUGUUUAUGUUCUUCUGGAGUCAGAGCAAAGGACAGAUAAAACACACUGCCACUAUAGACUUCGUGCCACGAUCAUCCAUGGGUGGAGGUGGAGAUGGUGGGGACACUGGGAGAUUCACAAUGAAGCUUAUUUGAGCUGGAAUAGAGAAUAAUUGGUCAUGGUUACAAUUAGUUGAGCCUUUUAAACUGUAGUAACUGUUAAAGUUGCCACUUGCCAUCACAGCAAGGUACAAAGCCUUAUGAUAACUUAUUUUGCAAGCCUGAUUGACUAUGUAAAUAGGCAUAGCAACUUAUCUUUGUAAUAAUCUCAUUCAUAUCGUGCUGGUCUGAUUGACAUUAUUCUAAGUAGGUUUAAAGCUCCAGUCCGUAAUUUUUGGGGUUAAAAUUAUUAAGUACUUAAUCAGCCAGUGUUCAAAACUAUCUGCUUGCCUUAGCUGGAUUCGAAACGAUAAGCUUGUAAUAAUGUUUUUAACUCCA